AACGCGCCCACCAACACUGUCUCUGCCUGAGUGAGUAGUCAUCCUGCCCCGCACCACAUGCCGCCGCCGUCCUCCGCUUCGGCCCCGGCCGCCCACCACCUGCGCCUCUGGUGGCGCCGCCGCGGCCGAGCCGGCGCCGUCGGGGCCACCUUCGCCGUCGCUCUCCUCGCCGCCGCGCUGCUGCUCGCGCUCUCAUACUACGCCUCCGUAACUCCCGUGACCUCCUCCUCCUCCGGCCGCCGUCCCGCCCUCGUUGGGCUCACCCUCGUCCGCCGCGCCGAGGAGAAGGGCGCGCUGUGCUUGGAUGGGAGCGCGCCCGGGUACCAUCUGCAGACAGGGUCUGGGAGUGGAUCGCGGAGCUGGCUAAUCCACUUGGAGGGUGGAGGCUGGUGCCGAAACCUCAAGUCAUGUGCCUCACGUAAAAGAUCGAUGUUGGGUUCAUCUCGGUACAUGGAACACCACGUUGAGUUCACCGGGAUCUUGAGCGAUGAUAAAUAUCAGAAUCCUGAUUUUUACAACUGGAAUAAAGUGAAGAUAAGGUAUUGUGAUGGGGCAUCAUUCUCUGGGAAUGUCAAAGAUGAAUUGCAGAACGGCACAAAAUUCUUCUUCAGAGGCCAGCGUAUCUGGGAAGCUGUUAUGAACGAACUUCUAUUGAAGGGGCUUGGACAUGCUAAACAGGCUUUUCUAACAGGAUGCUCUGCUGGUGGGCUAGCCACUUACAUUCACUGUGAUGCUUUUCGUGCACUUCUACCAAAGGAUUCUAGCGUUAAGUGUCUUGCGGAUGGCGGUUUUUUCCUUGAUGUAGAAGAUAUUUCUGGGAAAAGGACCAUUCGGGCUUUCUACAGUGAUGUUGUCCGCCUUCAGGGUCUACGGGAACAAUUUUCGUAUUGUAAUUCAAACAUGGAGCCAGGGCAGUGUUUCUUUCCACGUGAAGUUGUAAAAGACAUUGUCACCCCAGUUUUUGUUCUUAAUCCAGCUUAUGAUGCUUGGCAGGUACAACAUGUUUUGGUUCCAGAAGCAUCUGACCCUCAACAUGCAUGGCUAAACUGCAGACUGGAUAUUAGCAAGUGCAGUUCUAACCAACUUGAAAUUCUCCAAGGUUUUAGGAAAGAUCUGCAUGACGCUAUAAGUGAACUUAAGCAGAAAGGGGACUGGGGUAUUUAUAUCAACUCGUGCUUUGUUCAUUGUCAGUCGCUGAACUCCUUUACUUGGCACUCUCCAUCUUCUCCUAGAGUCAACAAUAAGACCAUCGCCGAAGCAGUUGGAGACUGGUUCUUCGACAGGAGAGAGGUGAAGGAGAUAGAUUGUGAAUAUCCCUGCAACCCGACAUGCCACAACUUGGUUUUUGCUAAGCCUUUCAAGGCAUGAAGUUUUGACCUUCUAUUUGUCUAUGAUGAUGUAAAAAAGCAAAUUCUGUAUAAACUUAUCAUUUCAUUUUCGACUUAUUUGGGUAAGCGGUACCCGGUCUGUACAUCGUACUUGAUAUAUACAUAGAGCUGCAAACUAAACUUAUCAGAA